AUAGUGCUACUACUAACUUUCCACCAAACCACAGUACCAACCAAUUCCAAUUCUCUCACUACUCAUGGAUUCCGACUACGGCAUUCCCCGGGAGCUCUCCGCCGUCCAGAAGCUCCGAUCUCAAUACCAGCCGGACCUUCCUCCUUGCCUCCAGGGAACUACUGUAAGAGUUGAAUUUGGGGACACAACCACAGCGGCAGACCCCACAGAUGCCAAUACCAUUAGCCGAUACUUUCCAAACACUUAUGGUCAGCCUUUGGCUCACUUUCUGAGGGCAACUGCAAAAGUUGCUGGUGCUCAGGUUAUUUCAGAGCAUCCGGCUAUGAGGGUUGGAAUUGUCUUUUGUGGGAGACAAUCUCCUGGAGGACACAAUGUCAUCUGGGGACUUCUCAAGGCUCUCAAAACUCAUAACCCCAACAGUACCUUACUUGGGUUUUUGGGUGGAUCUGAAGGUUUAUUUGCACAGAAAACUCUUGAGAUAACAGAUGAUGUUCUUGCCACCUACAAAAAUCAAGGUGGUUAUGAUUUGCUUGGACGGACAAAAGAUCAAAUUAGAACAAAGGAGCAAGUCAACGCUACGUUAACUGCAUGCAAUGCUUUGAAGUUGGCUGGCCUUGUCAUAAUUGGAGGGGUGACAUCAAACACUGAUGCUGCUCAGCUUGCAGAGACAUUCGCAGAAGCAAAAUGCCAGACAAAGGUGGUUGGAGUUCCUGUCACUAUGAACGGAGAUCUUAAAAACCAGUUUGUGGAAGCUAAUGUUGGUUUUGAUACAGUAUGCAAGGUCAAUUCCCAGCUCAUCAGCAAUAUGUGCACAGAUGCUCUUUCUGCUGAAAAGUAUUAUUAUUUCAUUCGACUCAUGGGCCGGAAAGCAUCACAUGUUGCCUUGGAGUGCACCCUUCAAUCUCAUCCAAACUUGGUAAUUCUUGGUGAGGAGGUGGCUGCAUCCAAGCUAACGCUUUUUGACAUUGCAACUCGAAUCUGUGAUGCCGUCCAAGACCGUGCCGCACAAGACAAGAAUCAUGGUGUCAUCCUAUUACCAGAAGGACUUAUAGAAAGCAUUCCUGAAGUGUAUGCCCUCCUGAAGGAAAUUCAUGGUUUGUAUAGGCAAGGAGUUUCUGCUGAUAAGAUUUUGUCUCAACUCUCACCAUGGGCAUCUGCUUUGUUUGAAUUUUUGCCACAUUUUAUCAAGAAACAGCUGCUUCUUUUGCCUGAAUCAGAUGACUCUGCACAGUUAUCUCAGAUUGAGACAGAGAAACUUCUUGCACAUCUUGUGGAGGUGGAGAUGAACAAGCGCCAAAAAGAAGGCACAUACAAGGGGAAGAAGUUCAAUGCUAUCUGCCACUUUUUCGGUUAUCAGGCUCGGGGGUCUUUACCAUCAAAGUUCGAUUGUGACUAUGCCUAUGUUCUUGGGCACAUCUGCUACCACAUGCUUGCAGCUGGUUUGAAUGGUUACAUGGCAACUGUAACUAAUCUGAAAAAUCCUUUGAACAAGUGGCGUUGUGGUGCUACUCCAUUUACGGCCAUGAUGUCCGUAAAGCGCUGGUCUCAAAAUCCUGGGUCUGCUGCAUCUAUUGGAAAACCUGGCAUAUUUCCUGCUACCGUAGAUUUGAAAGGCAAAGCAUACGAGCUAUUGAGGCAAAACGCUACAAAAUUCCUGCUGGAUGAUAUCUACAGAAAUCCAGGGCCUCUCCAAUUUGAAGGUCCUGGUGCCGAUUCCAAGGCUGUAACACUCUGCGUUGAAGACCAGGAUUACAUGGGGCGCAUCAAGAAAUUGCAGGAAUAUCUUGACCAGAUUCGAACCAUUGUGAAGCCUGGAUGCUCACAGGAGGUUCUGAAAGCAGCAUUGAGCGUCAUGGGCUCCGUAUCAGAAGUCCUAACCGUUAUGUCUUCAUCUUCAUUGAAUGCCCCGUCAUCUCUUUAAGAGCAUUUUUCUUGUUCUUCGAUCAAGCUGCUGUACAGGGAGAGUGCUAAAUGUUUCACAUCUCCCAUGUCUCAUAUGAGGAACUAUAGGUUUGGAAGUGUCAAAUUAUGGCAAUAAUUAGAUUUGGAAUUUUUCCCCUUUUGAUUUAACACUGUUAAAAAUAAUCGAGUUAUAUUAAAUUUUGGCACAGAUGAAACGAUUUUUGUGAUAAUAAGGUGAUAUGGUCUUUUUCUUCUCUGGUCUUUUUCUUCUU